AUGGCGAACAAAGACACGGGGUUCGCUACGGGUGCCUCUCCCGGUGCGGACGUGAGGAGGAGAAACGUUCCUAGUUCGGAUAAGUCCAGCGCUGGGAAUGGGAUACCUGAGAUACUGGUGGAUGGCAAGAAAGCUCCUGCAAAGCUAACCGUUUGGAACUGGCAGAAAUCAUCCUUUCUUGACGUUCUCGACGAGUGGGAAUUCCUCAUCGCGCCGUUGAUAUUCACUGCCCUGGCGUUUUUUACCCGGAUGUGGCGCAUUGGUCUGUCGAACAUCGUGACAUGGGACGAGGCUCAUUUUGGCAAGUUCGGCUCCCAUUACAUCAAACGCGAAUUCUACUUUGACGUGCAUCCUCCGCUGGGUAAAAUGCUUGUUGGUCUGUCAGGAUAUCUAGCUGGUUAUAAUGGGUCCUUUGAAUUCAAGUCAGGCGAAAAAUAUCCCGAAGAGGUCAAUUAUACCUACAUGCGUAUCUUCAACGCAUUCUUCGGCGUGGUAUGCGUGCCGCUAGCUUAUUUCACCGCUCGCGAGCUUAAUUUCCGUCGGGCAACUGUUUGGCUGGUUACAUUGAUGGUCCUCUUCGAGAACUCCUACGCCACAAUUUCCCGUUUCAUUCUCUUAGAUUCGAUGCUUCUAUGCUUCACUUUUACAACUGUCCUCUGCUGGGCCCGCUUCCAUCGGCUCCAGCGCCAGAGCUUCUCUGCGGAAUGGUUUGCAUGGCUUUUCUUGACCGGUCUCAGCAUUGGAUUUGUUUGUAGUGUGAAGAUGGUGGGCUUGUUCUGUACUGCUCUAGUUGGCCUUUAUACAGCCGAGGAUUUAUGGAACAAGUUUGGCGAUUUGAAGAUGCCAAAGACCGUUCUUGCUCAACAUGUCGUGGUUCGUGUCGUAGGGCUUAUCGUCGUACCACUACUGGUGUACAUGUUCUCCUUUUACAUCCAUUUCCUCGUCCUCGAAAACUCCGGUCCUGGCGAUGCACAGAUGAGCUCGCUUUUCCAGGCGAAUUUGAGAGGGACUACAGUGGGAAAGGAUAGCCCGUUGGAACUUGCCAUUGGAUCCAAAGUCACCAUCAAAAACAUGGGGUACGGAGGUGGUCUACUUCACUCCCACGUUCAAACUUAUCCUUCUGGCUCUUCUCAACAGCAAGUCACAUGCUACCACCACAAGGACACGAAUAAUGACUGGUUCAUCUACCCUAACCGUACUCAACCUGAAUAUGAUCCUGAGGGCGAACUGAGAUUCAUUGGCGACGGGGAUAUUAUUCGUUUGAUUCAUGCCCAAACUGGUCGCAAUUUACACUCGCAUACCAUUCCUGCUCCAAUCACAAAGUCGAACUGGGAGGUCUCUUGCUACGGAAAUACCACUGUUGGCGACGACAAAGACCAUUGGGUAGUGGAAGUUGUGAAUGAUGUCGCUUCACGGGAUAGGACCAAAAUUCGAACUCUCACCACAUCUUUCCGUCUCCGUCACCAAUCACUCGGAUGCUACCUCCGUGCUGCUAAUGUCAAUUUACCCCAAUGGGGUUUCAAGCAAAUCGAAACGACUUGUGCGAAGGACAGCAAGCCCUAUGACGUCCAUACCCAUUGGAAUGUUGAAUCUCAUGUUAAUGAAAGACUUCCCAAGAGUGAUCCUGGUGCCUACAAAUCGCCAUUCUUAAAGGACUUUAUCCAUCUGAAUGUUGCCAUGAUGACAUCAAACAACGCGCUUGUCCCAGACCCAGAUAAGCAAGAUGACCUGGCCUCUAAAUGGUGGCAGUGGCCUAUCCUCAACGUCGGUCUCCGCAUGUGUUCGUGGGACAACGAUACUGUCAAAUAUUUCCUUCUCGGAAAUCCCUUUGUCUACUGGUGCAGCACAGCCAGCUUGGGUGUCUUUGGCUUGAUAUUUGCCUGGUACCUUGUCCGCUGGCAGCGUGGCUAUACCGAGCUCAGCCAAGCUGAUAUCGACCAUAUCCACUAUUCCGGCCUUUAUCCGCUCCUUGGAUGGGUUCUUCACUACUUGCCCUUCAUCAUCAUGGCACGCGUUACUUAUGUCCACCACUACUAUCCAGCACUCUACUUUGCAAUCCUCACUAUGGGAUUCUGUGUCAACUGGUUCACUCAGAAACUCAACAAACCGGCUGAAUGGGCUGUAUAUUUUAUCCUUUACGCCGCUGUCAUUUCUCUCUUUGUCGUUUUCAAGGACAUUGUUUUUGGUAUGGUGGGAUCAAACGAGCAGUGGCAGCACCUUAAUUGGUUCAGCACUUGGCGCAUUGCGAAUCCGAAAUCGUCUUAA